AUGUCUACUUAUGAUAAAUAUGAAAGUCCCUUAACUUCAAGAUAUUCAUCGCCAGAAAUGGCCGCACUAUUUUCUCCAGCUACACGUUAUUAUACCUGGAGAAAACUUUGGUUAAACUUGGCUAUAGCAGAAAAAGAAUUAGGUUUAGUUGGUAUCACCGAUGAAGCUAUUAAAGAAAUGGAAGCACACCUGAAUCUGACACCUAAAGACUUCGAGGUAGUAGCAAUAGAGGAGAAAAAAAGGCGUCAUGACGUCAUGGCACAUGUUCACGCAUUUGGUUUAGUAGCUCCAAAAUCUGCAGGAAUUAUCCAUUUAGGAGCUACAAGUUGUUAUGUUACGGAUAAUGGAGAUUUGAUCGUAUUGAAACAAGGACUUAAUUUAUUAUUAGACAAAUUAGCAAGAGUUAUUGAUAGAUUUAGCAAAUUUGCCAAUGAAUAUAAGGAUUUGCCUACGUUGGGAUUUACGCAUUUUCAACCUGCUCAACUUACCACUGUUGGAAAAAGAGCUACUUUAUGGAUUCAGGAACUUUUAUGGGAUCUUCGUAACUUAACUCGUGCUCGUGAUGAUAUCGGAUUUCGUGGUGUUAAAGGUACCACAGGUACGCAAGCCUCAUUUUUGGCUUUAUUCGAAGGUGACCAUGAAAAGGUAGAAGCCUUGGAUAAACGCGUUACCGAACUUGCUGAUUUUAAAGAAGCAUAUCCUGUUACCGGACAAACCUAUUCUCGUAAAAUUGAUGUUGAUAUCUUAAAUGCUUUAAGUUCUUUUGGUGCAACGGCUCAUAAGAUUGCAACUGAUAUAAGAUUAUUAGCAAAUCUAAAAGAAAUUGAAGAACCUUUUGAAAAAGAUCAAAUUGGUAGUUCCGCAAUGGCUUAUAAAAGAAACCCAAUGCGUUGUGAACGAAUUUGUAGUCUAGCUAGACAUUUAAUGAUCCUUGCCCAAGAUGCCUUAAUGACAAAUAGUGUACAAUGUGCCAAUCGUCGUAUAUCUCUUCCGGAGGCCUUCUUAACGGCAGAUAUAGUAUUAUCUAUUUUACAAAACGUUUCCGAAGGAUUCGUUGUUUAUCCCAAAGUUAUUGAACGUCAUAUAGCACAAGAACUUCCUUUUAUGGCCACAGAAAAUGUUAUUAUGGCUUUAGUUAAAAAAGGAGGUGAUCGACAACAAUGCCACGAAGAAAUUCGUGUUUUAAGCCAUCAAGCUGCAAGUAAAGUUAAAGAAGGUGGUGAAAAUGAUUUAAUCGAAAGAAUCAAGAAAACAGAAUAUUUCAAACCAAUUUGGAAUGAGCUUGAAUCUUUGUUGGACUCUAAAACUUUUAUUGGUCGUGCUCCACAACAAGUUGAUAAAUUUUUGAAAGAUUAUGUAGAACCAGCUCUAAAACCAUACUCUGAGAAUUUACAAGUUACUAGCCAAGCAGCUUUGAAUGUUUAA